GAAUGAAACACAGGUAUCAAAAACUGUGUUCAGCCACCUUAACGCGUAAACUAAGGAAACGCAUUGAUCGAUAGAUCCGAUAAAAUCGAUAAUUUUGAACCUAGCAAGCAUGUGAGUAUCGAGUUUUUCGAGUGACCGAUAUCAUCGAUAACACUUGAUUUCAAUUUAUCGAUUAUUGUCGAGUUAUCGAGUGGUUUUCCGAUAUCAAUUUUUAUCGAGUAACUAACCCUGGUGUUUGAUAUAGUAUGAGAUUUCCCACACAAUAAGGUAUUGACAAGUUAAUAAAGUUUCUAUAUAGGUAUCUUUCUAUACUAGAUUGUGUCUGCCUACCUUCAGGGUCAAAGGCGGUGACAAGUGAUUUUACAAUGACAACAUUACGACUGUCCUUGAACACUAAUGAAGCUGAUCUUUCCUCAACAUCAAAUUCUUCCAAUGUUUUACCAAACUUCUUGAGGUUGCAGGUAGCUUUGACUACGUCAGUUGCUGUAAUAAGAACAAUGGUCUCUUUUGGACACAAUAAUGAUAAAUGUUCCGCGCAAGAAACACCAGAAAUGCCCCCUCCUAUGAUAACAAAGGCACAAGUUAUAUCAGCAGAAUUCCCAGACAUGUUUUCCUUGAUCGACCGACCUACUCGUCCCCAGGGUAUUCUCUGGAUUUACUCCAACACGUCAUGUAAGGAGGGACAAGUGUCAGAGAAAAGAUGUCUGGCUCAGAACACGACAGUAGCAGCGGCGAGGAAGACGAGGAUUAUGUACCAGAAGAAUAUGACAGUGAUGAAGGAGAUAGUGGAGAUGAAGAAAAACAGAAAGUCAGUGCUAAAAGGGCCAUAACAAAGACUAGAAUAAGACAACAGGGUGGAAUUAAACUAGAUGACGCUGAUCACAGUAGUACAGAGGAUGAGGAUGAGGGAAGCAAACAAGAUUUAGAAGAAGAGGAGAUAUUAUUAAAACAACAAAAAGAAAUAGCUGCCAAGAAAGAAAAAGAAGAAGAUCUAUGGGCUGCUUUCAAGAGGGACACAGGGAUGAUGGCAUCAAACUCUUCUAGUAUAGCAACUCUUUCACAAAUGCCUUCCUCUAGCUCUGGCAAAAAAGUGUCCAUCACCAAAACAUAUGAUUUUGCUGGUGAAGCUGUUAUAGUUACAAAGACUGUUGAUGAAGAUUCUGUUGAAGCCAAUUACAUGAAGAAAGAAGAAACAAAGAAAGCUGAACCUAAUCAUUCUGUUACACCUGUGGGUUGCGUGGGAGUCAAGAGAAGAGGAGGGCUUAGCAGUGUUCUUGGUCAAAUCGGGAAAAAAGCAAAGUUGAGCACACUAGAAAAGUCAAAGCUGGACUGGAACGUGUUUAAAGAACAAGAAGGAAUUCAGGAGGAACUUCAAAACUUUAACAAAGAUGGGUAUUUGGAAAAGCAAGCAUUUCUUAAAAGAACAGAUGAGAGGCAGUUUGAGAUGGAGAGGGAUAUUCGUCAGGGUACAAGAAAAAGAUGACAUUAAUUGUGUUCUUUUUCCACCAUAAACUAAGAAAUAAAGUUCACUCUCCAUGGAAAAUAACAUUGGUUUUGUUCCUGAGGAGACUGGAAAGUAGCACUCAGUAGCCACCCAUCACGCUUGUCUAUGAUGAUGCCAAGAUCAGAAAACCUGUACUUCAAGCCAUACAUUAAAGCAAUUAAAAUUUAAUUUGACUUUCAGUGCAUGCCACUUUAGGUCUACUGCUUCAUUUAAAGGGAUACUUUCACGGCUCAGCACAGGUGCAAGCUAUGAUGUAGCCCACCUAAUUCCAUUGUCGGUCAGAUUCAGGUAGACAUGGUAACGGUACGUCCCUGAGACUUGAUAAGCAGAGUCUACAGGACGCACCAGCUAGAUUACAGGUGCGCCAAGAAAACAAAAUAACAAAGUGAAACUGUACACUUGGGAGUAAAUAGUAAACUAAACUAAGAUUAUGUAACUACUACCAAAUAUCGAAAAAUGUCUAAGAAGGUAGGUAACUUGUGUGUUCAGUCCAGAAUAAAGCUGCCAGGCCAAGUAAUAAAUGCAAUGUUCAAUACUAAAUUCAACAUUUUCUGUGUAAAUCUGUUGACAUCUUCCAUGGAUUUUGGACAUUAGUAAUUCUGCCGACUUUCGGACCUUUCUUGUGACCGUACGGCUACAAAAAGGCCAUGAUUCUACUUUCACAAAAUUAUAGUCCGUGAUUACCGAAUUUGCCUGAAAUACAUGUGGUUGAUCAGCCUUCUUAAGCCUGGUUCACACCAGCGACAUAACGACUUCAACAUAAUGGCGUAAGAAGGACGUUAUGUUAUGUUAUGUUAGUAGUGUGAACAUGCUGACAUAAUGACAUAAUAGCAACAUAACAGCAGGAACAUAACAUGAGGAAACUAGUGAGACAAUUUCACAUAGUGCAGAGUGCAACUGAUCGCUCUGGCCCGGUAAUCUCACAAGUCUUUAUCCCUGGCCGGGUCACUCUCGGGUUGAAUCAGUUUCCCCUUGCAGUUAUUUUUUUUUUUUUUUGCAGACAAUGCCCAAACCUUGAUAA